CUCGACCCCCGGCAGCCGCGGCUCGUUCAACCCGGUGGCGUUUCGGGGCUGACCCGGCGGCAGGAAGCGCCGGCGGCUCCUCCCUGUGCCCUCCCGCUCCUCCUCCUCCUCGCCCAUGUCCAUUCCAAGAUGGCCGGGAUCCCUUUGUAUUUUGUGGAUUUGCAGGAUGACUUAGAUGAUUUUGGAUUUGAAGAUUAUGGGCCAGACUGUGAUAGCAUGAGGAUAACAGCAUUCCUGGAUAUCCCUGGACAGGAUAACUUAACUCCACUGGCUCGUCUAGAAAAAUAUGCCUUCAGUGAUAAUGUCUUCAACAGGCAAAUUAUUGCCAGAGGUCUUCUGGAUGUCUUUCGAGAUUUCAGUAACAAUGAAGAAGACUUCCUGACUGUAAUGGAAAUAGUGGUCAGGCUCUCUGAAGAUGCAGAGCCAACUGUACGUACAGAGCUGAUGGAACAGAUCCCUCCCAUUGCCAUUUUCCUGCAGGAAAGCAGACCAAAUUUCCCAACAGCAUUUUUUGAAUACCUUAUGCCCAUAGUAGUGAGAUACCUCACAGAUGUUAACAAUCAGGUCAGAAAGGCAGGUCAGGAGGCACUGCUGAUCCUGCUGGAACAGGACCUUGUGGCUCAAAGUGACAUUGAAAACAAGGUGUGUCCCAUCCUGCUGGACCUCUCUGCCCCUGACAGUGAUGAUGAGUACAAGGUGGAGGCUGUGAAUAUAAUCUGUAAAAUGGCCUCUAUGUUGAGCAGAGCAACAGUUGAGCACAUGCUGCUUCCUCGUUUCUGUGAACUGUGCAGUGAUGGCAAAUUGUUUCAAGUCCGAAAGAUUUGUGCAGCUAAUUUUGGUGACAUUUGUAAUGCGGUUGGGCAAGAAGCCACAGAAAGACUGCUGAUUCCCAAGUUCUUUGAGCUCUGUUCUGACAGUGUCUGGGGGAUGAGGAAAGCCUGUGCUGAGUGCUUCAUGGCAGUGUCCUACACCACGUCCCCAGAGGUUCGCAGGAGCAAACUGUCCCCCCUGUUCAUCAGCCUCAUCAGUGACACCUGCAGAUGGGUUCGUCAGGCUGCUUUUCAGUCUCUUGGCCCAUUUAUUUCUACCUUUGCAAACCCUUCAAGUGCUGGGCUUUACAUUCGAGAAGAUGGGACACUGAGUAUCCGACCACCAGCACAAGAUGUGAAUUCCAAUUCCUGUCAGCCAAGCAACAAUGUCACUUUAAUGUCCUCCAGUGCAAAUGCUGCAUUGUCCAGCUCAGAACAACCAAUGGAAAUCAAACCAGAAGCACCAACUGAGGAGAUUUCAGCAGAGGUGAACACAAAGCUCUCUGAGAACCUGCAUAAAGACACACGGGAAGAAGGUUCAGAUUGUUGUGCCAGUCCUGGAGAAGAUGUGUCUUGCCUGUCUCAGGGUGCCAGAGCUGGUGCUGGUGUCCCUGAGGUGACCAAGGACAGCAGUAUCCCUGGAAUGCCCUCGAGGUCUGGUGAGGACGUGUUCAACACGUUCCUGUACUGGCGCCCUCCUCUGCCUGACAUCACUCGGGAGCUGGAGCUGUUCCAGUUCAAGACUGAGAAGCACAACGAGAGCUGUUCCAUGCCAUGCAAUAACUGUGUUGCUAGUAGUGAAAUAAAAAAGGUUCUAGAAAGCUUACAAGAGCACAUAGAUGAUCCAGAUGUUCAAGCUCAGGUCCAAGUGUUGUCUGCUGCUCUCAGAGCUGCUCAGUUUGAUUCUGUUGGUGACUGUGAGACCAAAAAAAUGGAAGAAAGCAGUGGCAAUCUUCAGAACAAAACCAUUUCAGAUGAAGCAGCUGUUUCAGAUGCUGCCUGCACCCAGGUGCAGGAGGACACUCCCUCAUCCCCUGCCUCCCAGGAGAACUUCAGUGACCAGUCAGCCACCAGUCUGCUGGAAAGCACAGACUCAGAGGAACAACACAGAGGAACCAGUGUAUUUUUAAGGAAAGAGCAAGAAAAUAAUCCACCUUUUGAAGAUGACAAGUCAAAAUUCCAGGAUAUCAUCCCUCAGCCCUUGCUGGACCAGUACCUGUCCAUGACUGACCCUGCUCGAGCCCAGACUGUGGACACGGAGAUUGCCAAGCACUGCGCCUACAGCCUGCCCGGGGUGGCCCUCACACUGGGCAGGCAGAACUGGCACUGCCUCAAGGACACCUACGAGACACUGGCCUCAGAUGUACAGUGGAAGGUGCGUCGGACACUGGCUUUCUCCAUCCACGAGCUGGCAGUGAUCCUGGGGGAUCAGCUCACAGCUGCUGAUCUGGUGCCAAUUUUCAAUGGAUUCCUGAAAGACCUGGAUGAAGUGCGGAUCGGUGUCCUCAAACAUCUGUAUGACUUCCUGAAGCUACUUCAUGCAGACAAAAGGCGAGAGUAUCUUUACCAGCUUCAAGAAUUCGUGGUGACUGAUAACAGCAGGAACUGGAGGUUUCGUUACGAGCUGGCAGAGCAGCUGAUCCUGAUCCUGGAGCUCUACAACCCCAAUGAUGUCUAUGACUACCUGAGACACAUUGCACUGACUCUCUGCUCCGAUAAAGUCUCAGAAGUUCGGUGGAUCUCCUUCAAACUGGUUGUAGCAAUCCUCCAGAAGUUCUACACAAACAAUGCAAAUGCCCUGGGGUUAAAUUUCAUCAAUGAACUUGUCGUGCGGUUCCGUCACAGCUCCAAGUGGGUUGGAAGACAAGCCUUUGCCUUCAUUUGUCAGGCCGUGGUGGAGGAGGAGUGUAUGCCCGUGGACCAAUUUGUGGAGCAUUUACUGCCCAGUCUCCUGAGCCUUGCCUCAGAUCCCGUGCCCAACGUCAGGGUCCUGCUUGCCAAGGCCCUCAGGCAGACACUGCUGGAGAAAGCUUAUUUUAAAAGUGUUGGCAAUCCUCAUCUAGAAGCUGCAGAAGAGACCAUUCUGGCCCUGCAAUCUGACAGAGAUCAAGAUGUGUCUUUCUUUGCCACCAUAAAACUAAAACAGGGUAACAUGGACAAUAUUACCAUUGAAAAACAAAACUAACAAGUUGUUCUGCAGCAGGGGCUGAACAGCAGGACAGUUGUUCACUUUGUGGUCGUGUUGGUGUGAGUAAUGUGAGCAGAUAAGGUGGGUUCUGUCACCUGUUUGAGCAGGAAAUGUUACUGUCUUCAUUUCAUGACCUCGUUUCCUCUGCCCCACUGUUUGAUUCCCAUGAGUAAUCACUUCUGGUUUUCCCUCUGUAAAUGUGGGUGAUAACUCUGAUCUCACCUGCAGUUCAGUAUUAUCUGUAAAGUCUUACACCACACUCUGUGUUUCAGUGUUAAUUGGAAUUCACAUUUCAUUUUUUAACAAAACAUUUCCAGGAGCACAAGGCUGCUACAAGCUUAAAAUGGUUUCUGAAUCUUAAAACCUGAUUAUAACAAACUUCCCUGAAGCUCUUCUUUCUUCACUUAUACUGUGGUUUUUGUAUUGUUUCAGUUGUUACAUUUAUUUGCAAAAAGUGUAUAUAUGUGAAUAGUUUUGAAUUGUAACAAAAAAUUAAUGAACUGAAUUCUGUAUCAGUGGAAAAAGCUCAUAAAACAUUUCAUUUUUUAAAGUAGUUACACUGCUAGAAUUAAGGCAUGGGUCAUUUUUACUUAAUAUAAUGUGAUAUUUUUCAAAGCACAGAGAGCUCAAGAUUCUUUGUAUAUUGUGACAUUUCCAUUAAUUUGUUACUUCUGAGCUACACUCUUACAGGUGUUAACAGUCAUAACAACAGCCCUGUUAUUUCUUGACCACCCUCACAGGUCAGUUGGUGUUACUGCUGACUCUCCUGGGGUAGGGAGACUGUAGAUUUCCCAAGUGGAAAGUUCCUCAUUCUGCCCCAGCAAAGGUCACUUGAGGGAUUCAGUUCCUGCAACACAUCCUGUGUCUGUACAGGGGUGUUACGGAAGGUUACAGGCUUCACUUUGUUUGUUUUACUCACCUCGUUUAACAAACACCUUUCAACUUGCCUGGUGUUUAAAUCCCAAACAGCUUUUCCUGAGAAACAAAGGACCUCUAAAUUCUGAAAACCCCCAGAUCAGAAGUGUUCCAGGGAAAGGUGUGACACAGUUUGCUCUGUAACUUCUGUGGAUUGUUUGGGAAGGUUUGGGGCAAACCCCAAAUGAAGGUUACUGAAGGUAAGGUGAGGCAGGAUGUCUUCUGUGUCCUGAGACAGGGGCUCUGGAAGAAAGAUAAAAUACACAGAUGGAGCAGAGUUGUGUUGGGAAAACUGAGUAACUUCAGACAGUUGGAAAAAUGAUAAAGCCAAUACUUUUGCUGGGCCCUGUCUUCUCCUGGGUCCCAGAUCUGCAAUAAUGUGCGGCCUGGGGGGGGAAAAAAAAAGCCAUUUUUAUAGUGGGGAUUGAAACUAUCCUGUUCCAAAACUAAUGCUUGAAUACUAAAGAAAUGGCUCCACGUGGUGACAGUUACUGGCUGAGGAGGGUCCUUUCUCCUGCACAGACCUGUGUGAGUGUCUCCCCUCUCACCCACGUCAGCCAGAGUUCACGUGGGGAAGGUUGUUACAGCAGUGGCUGUUUUGGUUGGGUUUGAAUGGGGCUUGUCUGCAAUACAAGUAGGUUCCUCAGCUGGGUUCUGUGUUUUGGGAGGGCUCAGUUUUGGGUAAGUUAACUGCUCAUGUAUUAUAUGAUCUGUACAGUAUUUGUAACAAGUGAUUUCCUUGUGAGAUCACAAACUGCUCUUUGGGAGCUGCAGGCAGAACUAUACCACUGCUACUGCAGCAAACAGUGUAAACUCUGUAAACUCUUUAAUGUUCUACAUUUAAUUUUUUACAGGUUUUUUUUUAUAAUUUAAAACAAAUACUUCUUCAGUACAGACUUUUUAUGAUUGCUAUUUCUUAACAAAAAGACCCCUCAAGUUAAUUUUUUCUAGUUCUAAUAUCUUUUUCUAAUGCUGGCAUUAUACUGGUAUUUUCUAACAGUUCAGAUUUUCUAAGGCCUUUCUGACAAGGUUUGACUUCUGUUUUUUAUUAUCAGUUCCUUAAAUUUCUCAGCACUGAACAGAUUUUUUUUUUUUUAAAGUGUGUGUAUAUGUAAGUAUGUUUGAAAUAUACUGUAUAUAAAUUAAAUACCUUGAACAUAACCCAACCCAGGUUUCUGUUUGUCAGAUCACCUUAAAUAGUUUCCUUGACUUGCAAUAAUCCACUGGAAAACACAAGCUUCCCUAUGUUUUAGCAUGUUUGGUUAGUGUUCACUGGGAGUUUUUAACCAGAAUGUGUGUAAAGGGUAAGCCACCAGCCAUAAAAGUUCACUAAAAGGCUAAACAAAGCUCCUUGUUUUUAACAAUAUUCUGGUACCUCUCUGGCUCCCAGAUUCCUGUCAGUUUUGAACAAUAUGAUUUCAGUGGAGAGUUUUAAAACCUUCUUUUGCAACUUUACACUUGCAUGUACUAACGGGGGCCAUCACAGUUUUGGGGUGGGGUUUUUUGUAGACUGUGCAGGUCUGUUAAACAGAUUUACCCUCUACAAGUUUGUCUUUUUGGUUGAGUUUUAAACUAGAGAUGGUUUCAGCAUGACUAAGGCUGCACUUUACGUCUUGUACAGGACAAAUGUGUGCAAUGGGUCCAGGGGGGUGUUCAUGGAGUUCUCUGGGCUCUUCAGUUAUGCGAAGAGAUGCGUUUGAAAAGCCAGAUGGGGCAAAGGUAGAAUUUCACAACAGCAGUAAGAAAUGAACUCUCCAUUUCUAGCUAAGGAACGUGACAGUAACAGUGGUGGGUGCAAUAUUGCUUGGAUGCUGUAGGAAAUGGUCAGGCCCUUGUGAUCCAAAGGAUUCCAGCCCCCUGGUGUCACUGGUCCCCAUGGCAUCGCUCGGCUGUGUCUGUGCACGGUGGUGUUUAGAACCCGGUUAAGUGGGGACGCUCUGGAAGUGUCUCUUGUUUGUCAGAGUAAAGAAUCUAUGUAACUUUCUAUUUGUAUUUAUCUCAAUAAAUCUGUGACUGUUUUAUAAACCAACCUGUGGUAACCGGCUUUUGUCAUGGGUGAGAUGGGAGUGUAUUCCCUGGGUUAAUGAAACAUCUCUCAAGUGUUUGACCAAGGCUGAAUGUGGAAUUUUUCAUACUGAGCAGUAAAAAAAAAAAAAAUCCAUUAGAUAUCCAGAGAUGUUAAUUAGCUCUCCCUGCAUUUUUUCCUUGAAGUGAGUGUGCCAAAAGUGCUUCAACUUAUCGUGAUGGCUGGAAAAUACUUGCAUUAUUUUAAUUCAGCUGUCUGCCAUUUUGCAUUUCACUUUCUCAACCAGAUACUUAAUCCAGGUGGUUUUGUAUAGAUAGGAGAAACAACAUGAAGUAUGCAUAAAAUCCUUUUUCUUGGUUAUCUUAAAACACCAUUAGAAGGUUGAGGUUGUCUGUUCUUGGGUGUUCCUGUGAGGCUAAGGGACUUGUCUGUGUUAAGAGAAUCAGAGGCAGAAACUGUUUCAUAUCCCUGUGUAUUAAAUGUUCUCCCUACCAGAUGUAAAGCAGGAAAUGGAAGGAUGUGCCCCAAGAACCAAGGGUUCUUUGAAAUGAAAGGUGUGUUGGCAUAAGAGCCCCACAGAAAGAUUGGUGACACUGUUGUUUUUUUUUUCAAGUAACCUCCCCCUCUUUAUUUUUAAGAAAUAACCAUUUAGCUUCCUCUUACAGCUGAGAAAACCACUGUGGAAGAUGCAGCCCAACAUGGAGAUGGUUUUGCAGGAGGAACAGCAGCAUGAGCACCUGACAAUUGCUCCUAAGAGACCUCUCAGCAACACUGCAGAACUGAUGUUUGGGUUUAUUACCAAAAAAAACUCUUCCUUGGAAGGAUGUGAUACAGGACUGUUUCCUCAGGUAGCCUGGGUUUAGGAGCUGUCUCUGGAAUCGAGGCCCAAAGUCUUGGCUGCCUCCUGUGGAGUCUGGGCUCACGUGGCCAGUGCUGUGUGUCCUCUUACCCCAAAAGCUCAGGUCAGCUUCCAGUACAUUUAAGAGAAGGUCAAUAACUGUAAAAAGGAACGAUUUCUAGAUAAUUUUGUGGGACUUAAUAGCUACAGAUGAAAGGAAAAGCCACAAGAAUGUCCAAUCCAAGGGGUGGCUAAGAGUAAAUAUCAUUAGAGAGUAGAGAAUCAAGAUGGGGCAGAGUAACAGGAAACAAGCAGGGAUGAUGUAGCUGAUCCAGGGGGAUUUAUGUAGUGUGCAGACACCCCUUGGUUGAUACCUAAAAAGGAUGGCACUAAAAGGUCUGUGUUUAUUCUGCAGAGCCCACCUGGGAAUUACUGAGGACUUCACAGGCACCACACAGAGUUCCUGGGAGCAGAGCAGAGCAAGGGACGGGUGGUGCUCAGAGCUGCCCUGGAACUGGCUGUGGCCAGCACAGAAGUCGUGUGGGAAGUGCCAAGUUUCUCCUGAGACAUGUGUUCCUGAGUUGUGACCACAGCGUUCAAAGGCAGCCAGAAUCCGGCAGGGAGCUGUGCCUGAGGAUCCUGCUGACCAGGAACGUUUAGAGAGGAAGGUGGUUUGCAGAGGGGAGCCAAAAGCUAUUAAUUUUCUCCUGUGCUUCCAACAGCCCGUUUGGGUUGGUUUGAUGCCUAAGCCAGGCUGCAAUUGAGGUCAGUGCUUUGGUUUCCCUUUAAGCUCCAGUUCUCUAUACACUGUUCUGUUUGCACCAUUUGCUUGACAUGACUGUCUGCUCUGGGUUGAUGGUGUUUUUCUAGAAUUCCUGUGUGUACAGAAGCUAAUAAAGGAACUGUCAACUCAGAAAGCCCCUCUUAAAAUACAGUUCUACUGGCUUGGGGUAAGAAAUGCACAGAUCCCUUGGCCAAGCCUCCUCUGUGGAAUUUGUGAUGCCAUUGCAAUUCCUUUGGUUUCCAGUAGCCAAACAACCCCUGGGGUCAAGCAGAAGUCAAGGUAUAAAAAUGGAUGGCUGUGAGCCUCCUUACCUGUUAGCUGCCAUGUGUUAGAGGGAUGAUGUGGACUGCAGCAGUUCUGUUCCCUCUCCUGGUGAGUGUUUGUGUGCAUCAUUCAAAUGUGUGCGUGUGUUUGAAUUCCAGCUCUCAUUGAUUGAAUUGGUCUAUGAUAAUAAACAGUAUAAAUAAAUCAGGUGGGAGUUAAAGCACUGGGGAGGGGAAAAUUAAAUUCAGUGCAGUGACCUCGAGCAGAAUGUAAUUUCAAAAGUGCCUUAAAUAUGCUGAUGGCAUAAAAUAAGGCUGAGGAAGUUGGAGGGGCGGGAGAGUCGGGGAGAGAGGAAUAAAACAAAAUUACUUGGAUUUAUCAGGAUUACAGGCAGAUAUGGUUUAUGCAGUUUAUUGUAGGGGAGUGUCAUUCAUGAGGCCAGGGACCAAAAGUGAUCAGAGAGCAGUGGGAAUGAGGGCGGUGUGGAUACGGAUCCGAGCAUGUGCAGCACCAGGGGAAGGCUCUUCCUGGGAGCAAACCAAGCAAAGCAGGGAGGAGGAUGGGGGGAUACAGCCUUGCCAGCAGGAAUUACAGGGACAGUCAGGCCUUGUCUGUUGGUGUAAAACAUGCAGGAAUCCUCUCGGGCUGGUUUGAUGAAGCAAAAACCUUCUGGCUGUUGCAGAUGAAGAGAGGAGAAUCCAGCUUUUGAUGUUACAGGAAACAUGGUCUGUAACUGAGCUGCCUAAUAGUUCAUAGUUAGUUCAUCACACUAAUUUCAGACUAGAAAAAUAAAAAAAUACUUUGUUUUGGACUAAUGACCACCCUAACAGCCAGAAGAAAGCAAAGAAAUUGGUGAAUCCUUCCAGUUGGCUCAUGUAGAGGUAGAUCCUGUGGGUUUGAAAGUACUUGUUUUCUUCUGGUUUUCUUUCCUUCUUUUUGUUUAUUUUAAUUUUUUAAAUAUUUGAUUUGUCCCUUAAAUUGUAACCUUUUUUUCAGUUGUGGCCAAGGAGCUUUUGAAACCCAGUCAAAGGCAGAAGCACUAAAAGGAGAACUCUGUGCAUUGAAGUCCAUCCGUGUCCUUGCAGCUUCUGUUGUUCUGUCAGAUACCAUGUUAACUGUCCUCGUUUAAAAGUGCUUUCUCUACCUUGACCCAUAUCUCUAAAUGUCCCUUUUAUACAUCUUCUCCUCAGAAGAAAUUAGAUAUUUGAAAAUAUAAUCUUCCUGUCUUACCUUUUAGCACCCCAGUUUCAUUUAUAUCCAGAAAGAUUCCCAAUAGUUGAUAAUUUCCAGUAUCUUAACACCUAGGGCAUAGCAAUAACACAUGGACCUCUCUUUUCCUUUGAGUCCUCCCUGCUUGGUGCUGCAGCACAUGAAAUCCAUUAUUCUUUGGAAGCCACAGCUUGAGUUUGCCAUAGCUGAGUAAGACAGUGAGGACCUACAGGGAAAACUGAACUGGGAAGGGCAGAAGUGAAAGCAAGUCACAAACAAUUUCCUACCUAAUCCUUGUGUCAUAUCGGAAUUAAAUCAUAGGGACUGGUAAAAGAAUCCUUGGGGAAGCAAGAGAUGCACUUGGAAUUUUCCCUUUUCUGAGUCUCUUCAGGUUUUGUGGUCUCUCACUGAUGUGCUGCCCAGUUGAGUGUCCCUGCCCAGGAUUCUGGGAGCAGGCUGGAUGUGCUCUGAAGUGUUUUCUACCCCACCAGUCACGGAUCUUCCUGUGACUGCUUCUCUUGUUGCAGUAGUGGUGACAGAAGGCUGACCUCCACGUUUCUGUUAUCCCUCAGUUCUCCACAGCAAACAGUCAGCAGUAGCUGGAAUCUGCAUCCUUGGAGUUGUGCUGUCAGUUUGGGCUGUUGUCACACACUUAGCUAAUACCCUCCAGUAAUUUUAUUUCUUAUUCACAUGCACUUAAUGUCCUUCGUCAUUAGACUGAAAAAUGUUAACCUUGUCAUAGUUAGUGACUGGAAGCAGAAAAGUCCUUUUAAUUCUCAGGGGAAUGAAUUCUAAUUUUCUGCUUGUCAGAAAGUGACAUUUUACAUAUUUUUCUCUUUUUUUCCCCCACCAGUUUAGUGCUAAAUUUAAAUGUGUGUGUCAUAGGAACAGACCUUUAGUCUGUGCUAAACACCCCAAAAGCCUUGGCGGGUGUCCAGUGCAUGAGAGCCUUGACCAAGAGCUGCUGCUAAAGCUCAUUUCAUGCACUGCAGAGAAGGGGAGGUGAGGAUGGGAGGUUGGAGAUAAGGGGUUAUCUCAGAGGGCACAUUAACAUUGCAUGUCAGGAUGCAUUUUUUUUUUUUCCCCUAGAAAAUAUGGAUGGAUGAAAAGCAGCUCAUCUGGAAUAAAAUGUCCAGUGAAGAAACAAAUUAUGUUAAUCAAGCAGACUAGUAUUAAUAUUUGUCAUAAAGAUGUGACACCUUCUAUUUAAUGUCACAAACUACUGGGAGCCUUUGAAAAAUGUACUGGUGGGAAGGAAAGUUGCCUGCAGAUACUGAGUUCACUGUUCUAUGAAAGGGAAUAACUUGUCUUGAAAAUUAGAUGGCAUUUAUGACAAAGAGAAAUAAUCCUCCCACAGAUUACAGCUGUUCACUGCAUUGUUGUGCUGGUGGUCUUAUCUCAUCAGUGGAUAUUUUAUAAGGUUCCUUCCUUUUUCUCUUUUUUUUUUUUUUGAUACAUUUCCAUAAGCCUGUUCUGAGGAGGACAUUGUGUGCUGGGAACUGGGUGUAUUUUGAGAAAGGGACACCACUACAAAGAACUCUUGAGUCUAAAUUGCAAAGAUGGGUGAAGUAAAAAUGAGGGAUGGUUAUUUUGCUUUUUACAGAUGGGAGCUGAAGCAGGGGAGGUGACUGUUGUGGCCAAAGUCACCCUGGGAGUCCGUGGAAUUGCAUCCUGAUCUUUGAAGUACAGUUCCAGUAUUUUACCAUAUAUUGUCUCUCUGUUCCCUUACUGAUGAAUGUGGACUUAAUAUGCACAUGUGUGAUGAGCCAGACAUGUUCUGCAUAUGUUGAGCCAAAUUCUGACCUAAGGGCCGUGAGGGGAGCGCUCCCUGGGCUGGUAAGGAGCGUUUGCAGGGCUGGGCUCAGCCCCAGGACUGCACAGUGCUGGCAUUUCUAAAGCCCCUCCUGGGCUGAACUUUGCUCCCCCUGCCUGUUUGGUGUUUGAGCCAGUUUGGGGUUCUCUGGAGUUCUGGAGAAGCUCUGGGUGAGGCACUGCCUGGCUCCUUGGCCGACCUCGUGCACUGCCUGCACACCAGAUGCUGAUUAAUGAUUAGCAUGUAACUAAUUAAUAAAUCAAUGCCACAAACAAAUAAACCAUCCAUUACAGUGACUUCCCAAGUCUCUCCCUUCUGGGAGAGAAGGGAGACUUGCAGGCAUUCCACCCUUCUCUGUAUGAAGGUGCCUCUGGACUGUGUGCUGUCUCUACACCAGGCAGAUCUGCUGUGUGGAUGAGAUUCAUUGUAUUCCACGGGGAAGGCUGAAGUCAACCAGGUGACCAAAGUGACCUACUGGAACCUGAGGGACAGGACAAGCUCUGCAGUGUGGCUGUCACUGCCCUGAUGGGGACUGCUUUUAAGGAUGAGAAUGUUGUGUCUGACGCGUGUCAGCAAGCAAAGGAGAUUCACUAGCAGAGCUGGGUCCGUCUUGCUCCCCGGUGAGGAAUAAAAGCAUGAGCCGUCUCUCACUUCGGGAGGAGAAGGGGGGGCUGUUUCCAGGCUGCGGGAAGUGCGAAGGCAUUGUCAGGUUUGGGUCAGGCGGAGCCGGGGCUGUGCUGAGCUCUCAGCAGGACCCAUCAGCCGGGUGUCACUCGGCAGCCUGGAGGCAUCUCCGGGAAAAGCCAAGACAGAAGCGUGGGGGGCGAAGCUGCCGCCGUGUCUUGUGGUGGUGCAAGACUGUUCUCUGUAACAAUGAUCUUUGUGGAAAGCAGACACAAAAAUGGAUAAAAGAAUAAAGAGCCUUUAUCAAGGAAGCAGAGAGAGAAAAUGGCCACUUCUACACUCCCCACACUUAGAUGCUAAAUAAUGCUGUUAUCAAAGCUGUUGAAAACUGCUGAACAGGAGUUGUGCCCACAUUUAAUCCCAGCCUGGUACCUGCAAGGCCUGAUCCUGCCCUCAGCUGCAUCCAGGGAAUCUGAUGUCAGUGGGGCCACUGCACUGAAAAGGAUGGUAGAGAACGAAGAACUGUUCUGUUUAUUUCUUCAUGGUUGCAUCUGGUUUUGUGCUUUGAAGUUCUCAGAUUUAUUUCAAUCUUCAGGUUUAUUUUCACUUCUUUAGGGAAGCAGAUAAAGCAGGGAGGGGGAAAUAUGAGGGAUGGGGCCAAAUUCAAAGUGGAGUCACUUGGGCAACAUAAACAACCUGCAACCCCAAGGUGUAAUUUCCAUUGGUAAAACCACCUUGAACCAACUAAUUGCUUCAAAAUUACAGCCAGAUUUCAGCUUUGUAACUGCAGAGUGCAGUUCACUUGAACCAGGACAAGGGUAUCACAUGAGGGAGCUUGGAAGAGAACCUACUGAGCUGCCUCACAGGAAAAAUGGUAAAGCUGCAUUUCCCUUAUUGUCAUGCAUUUCCUGGACCCAGGUUUAUUGGUUUAAUCCCUUCUCUCCAUUCCAAAACAAUCAAAUGAAUAUAUACAAAUUUAAAAAUCCCUAAAACAGUAGCUUGCCUCCAUAUUGCAAUGGACAUUGAACAACAAUAGAUUUAAGGUCCUUUGGCAAUUUUGGGUGGGUGAACUCAGUUUUUGCCUGUGUUUGCUUGAAAAUUUGGAUAGUUGUUUUCCCAACGCUCCUGAUUUUGUUUUACAUUUAGUUCUCAGUAGUUUAGUCCUUGCUGUGUAUGACAGAGCAGAUUGAGGGUGAUGUUAUGUUCACUGGCAACCUGACCAGUUUCAGAGCACAACAGUAUCAUUUUCCAGCACAGUUAAAUUUAUUGCAGUGUGGUCCAGUGAAAUGGUCUGACAUGCUUUCAACUAUCCAAAUAACAAUUUGCUGGGAUGUGGAAACCACAGGAGUCAGGAAGAAGGUAGUAGUCUGUGAGUGGGUCUUGUCUGUCUUGCUACAGGGACAUGGUUACCUGGGGAAGAAAACACAACAUGUUUAGGACUCAGUGCAAGAAGUGCCCUGGGCUGGGAUUCACUUGGGGCAGCAUUUCUGGUCAGGUUGUCACUGACCCUGUUAGAUUAAUGUUUGUCACUUUGGUACUUUGUAGAAUGUGGAAGAAACCGCAGUGAAUCCUUCACUAAAGGGGGAAAUAACGUGUGUGAAUGGGGAGCCUCAGGUCUCUGAAAAGGGUUUUUAAAAUCCUCUGUUUUGUAAGGCAAACAGUCUCAGAACUGGAGUUACUUCAGGCUGACAGAGCAGCCAAUAGCAGGAACUGGAGACAGGAAUUUGGGCUCGGAGUUAGGAGUGCAGUGGGGAUCAUUAGGACAGUCACAGCAUGUAACUGCAGAAAUGUAGAAAUGUCUCUUGCAGAACAGUGAUUAUUCUCCAAGCACUCACCUUGUACAGACACUGCAUCACUUGCCUGUGCACAUCCUGUGGUUGCUUUUCAUUUGGGUUCUUUCAAAAUGUACAGCAGCACUGGUAUGGUGACUGCAUUCUGAGUGCUAUUUAUUCAGAAUCACCAUUUCAACUGGCAUCUAAUCAAAAAUCUUUAUUCUCUGAUGCAAAAUGCAUUUUAAACAAAUAAUAAUCUUUCAACUUUGAGUUCCUGGUAAAAUAUCUUAUAUUAAUGAAUUUAUAAAUAGCAAGUGCCAGUUCUAUGCCAAUUCGAACAGCACAGAAAAGAAGACACUGUGAAGGAAAACACACCAGGUUUUUGUUACCCAAUUUUGUUGUUUGUAAUAUAAAUGCUUGUGAGAAAGAUAAUUCUGAUUUCAUAGUUCUUUAGCUUAAAUAUGUUGUCAUUUAAGCCUCUACUCUUAUUCCUCCAGGAAGCCAGGAAAGCAUCUGCAGGCACAGAGCCAGGGGGGCAGGAGCUGUGCCAGACCUGUUUCCAUGCCUUGCUGUGGCGACCGGGUAUCAAAUCCAGUCGCAUUUUUGCGUGUGCAGUUCUGAAAGCACCACCCAGAGUAACAGGAGGCUGUUGCCAAAGAACCAGUUCAUCUGAAAACAACACUCCAAAGCCGAGCUGGCUUCAGCUCCCUGACCAAGUUCAGUCAGCUGAGGAGGAGUUGCUGUGCAGCCCCCUGUGCUCACCGAGAGCUGCCCAAGGGACGACACCAAAUGAGAGUUGGGUUGAAGCACAGGAGACAUGUAAAUAUACUGGCACCUUGUUUGCACAUUUUGGUGCUGGGUCUAUGAUUUUUAUACAGAAUUAAAAUUUUCUUGACUUUU